AUGCCUACCUCGCAGAAGUCCAACAAAGGAAUUCAUCCUUUAUCGAUCGGCCGUGUUACUGGUGGGUCACGCCAGAGAGGUGAAUUGGAAUGGGGAUUGUUCUCCCAAAUGAGCUUGAUGAGACUUUACCGUGGUGUCUUCUUUCCCUUCUUCCAAACCAGCAAUCACCAUGUCUCCACACAACUGCGAUGCGUACUACCGAAAGGGGGCGGAAAAAUCAUAAUUCCCCCAAACGGCGUCACAUACGUCCCGGCCAAGGUCAAAACCCACCUACUGCAGAACCGUGAUUUCAUCUUGAAUCCUACAGAUGACCACGUCACUAUGCCAUAA